AUGCCGUUGCCGUUUGUUACCGCAGCGAAAAGCACUUCGCCAUGGCUGCUUUCACUGGCCUUAGGGCUGCUCGGCCACGCCGCGAUCGAGGCUGCCGCGAUCGAGGCUGCCGCGAGCGAGAAAGUCGCUACCGGAUACGCGGCAUGGCCGAAAUGGGUCCUCAUCUUGUUUUGUAUCACCACGGUGCUGCUCUCCGCCAUGUACUGUGGUCUCACUAUUGGGCUGCUGGGGAUGGAGACCAUCUAUCUGGAAAUUAUAGCUGAUGCAGGUCAGGAACCUGACCGCACCUACGCGCGCAAGAUUCUGCCGGUACGUAUGCUGGGCCACCAGCUUCUGGCGACGUUGCUCGUGGGCAACAUGUUGACUCUGGUGCUGACCUCUCAGCUCGUCGCUGCGAUUGUGGGUGGCAGUGAGCUGGUGAACUUCAUCUUGGGUACACUGGUGGUGCUCAUCUUUGGUGAGAUUAUCCCGAUGAGUUUCUGCAACAAGCAAAACAACGCACUGUGGGCUGGCACAAAAAGUCUGCAAGCGCUGAAGGUCUCGUUGUUUGUGCUGUGGCCCAUCUCAAAGCCGCUGGGGAUGAUGCUGGACUGGAUGGUGGGACACGAGGCAGGGCAAAUAUACGACCGCCAGGAGCUGAAGAAGCUCAUCCGCAUGCACUGCGAGAAGUUCUCGGAGAAGUCGGGCAUCGACAUAGACCAGGUGCGCAUGAUGCUGAGCGUGAUGGACAUGAACGAGGUCACAGCAGAUGCGGCCAUGACAUCGAUGGAGAACGCCGUCAUGCUAGAGGGGAGCACCCCGCUCGACACGGCGCUCGAGCGUCGCUUGUGGGAGUACGGUAUCUCGCGCAUGCCGGUGUACGAAAGGUCACGCGACAAUGUGAUUGGUGUGCUCUACGUGAAGGAUCUCAUCGACAACUCCUACCUUUGCCACAGCAUUGACAUGACAGUGCGUGAUUUCGUGGCGCAGCACCCGCGCGACAUGUUAGUGGUGAAGGCGGACACACUUCUGCAGGACAUGCUGUACAUCUUCGAGCACCAUCACACGCAGCUUCUUUUCGUGGAGCCGGCAGACCCCGCUACCGCGGACAAGCGGCGUGGUUCGCCGAAGAGUUCGUCGCAGCGUGCAAAGGAUAAGGACCGAGGUGGUGCCGGGAUAACGACCUCCAAUAGCAAAGGCGCCUCACCUUACGGCGCAGACCACGUGCACCACGGCAGCAAGCAUGCCGCACCUGCACAGCGCACGCCGAAGACCAUUAACCCUAUGGCGCUCCUUUCGAAGGCGACAGAGCCGAGCUCUUUCAUUGGCCUUGUGACACUUGAAGACGUUAUUGAGAAGCUCAUCGCGUCGGAGAUUUACGAUGAGGACGAGUACGUGGUGGAUAAGAGGCUGCUGUUGGACGCGGAGACGUGCGAUGAGUUGAUGAUUGAGCCGCCUCCGACGCGGCCGCCGCGGGUGAACUUCUACUCGUACGGCGUGCUAUCCAAGGCGGAGAAUCAAGGUCUUUCCGAGGAUCAGCUAUGGGCACUUGCCUACUACCUCACCCGGGCUUAUGUGUACUUUGCAACGUGGAAUGUUGCUCAUGUCAAGUUUCUGCUGCAGCAAAUCGGCGACGUGGUGGUGGACGUCCACGACCAGAUUAGUGACGGUGAGAAGAGCAAGAGCACGCCUUUCUGGGGAAUCGAAGCAGCGUCGCCGGACCUCUCCACGGCCGAUGCAGCGCGAGUGCUCUACAGAGCCGGGCAUCCGAGCAGCACGUUCACGCUGGUACUGAGUGGCGGUGUCGAGGUGAUGAUCGGCCGCGAAAAGAUACGAACGGAGUUGCGUUCCUUCUCUGACCUUGGCGCGGAUGUUCUCUUGUCAGGCGCACCUUUUGUGCCAGACUACACGGCUGUGGUGUCACGCACCAGCCGUCUCAUCCGCAUCACACGUGCUGAUGUGGUGAUGGUCGAGAAGAAGCUGAACGAGCACCGCGCACGACAGCUUCAGAAGCCGCUGUGUCUGCCGCCAACCUUAGGGGCUGGGGCAGCGGUGACGGUGAUAGUUCCUCCACCAUGCGCGCCACACCGGGCCGCGAGGGAGCGCAUGCAAUGCGAAGCAAAGCGUGUGACGAUCGAAUAG